AUCAGCAGCAAGUGGAUAUUUUGACGUGUCCGUAUUGGACUUAACGUUUUGUCAAGGGGUACGGAUUUUGUUUAUUUAAAACAUGCUUUCCUAGGUUAAGCGAUUACACUACUUUUUGACAAAUUUAUCUGAAUAUUGAAAUUUAAUUUGUGUAGUUGUUAAACGAUUUUGGACGUUUUGCUGAAUAAGUGGCACCGUGAAAUGGCCCAUCAAGGAUACAGACAGAAUAUGAAGCCUAGGGCUCGUGGUCCUUCCACUAUGGUUGGUGACCCUAAUCAGCUUUUUGAAGACACAAGUGCAGGAAUGCCCCCAAGUCAGCCAGGAGGUUACCCCAAUCAGAGCUAUGACAUGGGAAAUUUCAGCGUCAACAACAUCUUUGGUGACUCAGUAGCUGCUGAUCUUGCAAUGGCAUAUGGUUCCAAUCUUGCUAACCAGAGCAAAGAAAUGGUGAACAAGGAAAUCAACAGAUUCAUGUCAAUCAACAAACUCAAGUAUUUCUUUGCAGUUGACACCAAAUACGUUGUGAAAAAGUUAGCCCUUUUAAUGUUUCCUUACACACAUCAGAACUGGGAGGUGCGGUACCACAGAGAUUCUCCGAUGACUCCAAAACAUGAUGUCAAUGCACCCGAUCUUUACAUUCCAUCUAUGGCAUUUAUCACAUAUAUACUCCUUGCAGGAAUGGCUUUAGGAAUUCAGAAAAGGUUUUCACCAGAGGUGCUUGGUAUGUGUGCAAGUACCGCUCUUGUCUGGAUUAUCAUUGAAGUUUUAGCUCUUCUUCUAUGCCUCUAUUUAGUCACAGUGCACACAGACCUUACAACGUUUGACAUCUUGGCAUACAGUGGUUACAAGUAUGUUGGAAUGAUACUGUCGGUGCUGUUUGGCCUCUUGUUUGGUAAAGAUGGAUACUAUGUUGCCUUAGCUUGGACUUCUUGUGCCCUAAUGUUUUUUAUUGUGCGUUCCCUACGAAUGAAAAUCCUGUCCACAGUGUCUUCUGAAGGCAUGGUCAGCUAUAAUGCCAAAAAUCAAAUUCGUCUUUACAUCACGAUGGCCACAGCUCUCUUCCAGCCUGUAAUAAUCUACUGGCUGACCUUUCAUCUAAUCAGAUGAGGUUCAAUACUGGACUUGACUCUGUGGGUCAUUAACAUGGGAUUGUCCCAAAAGAAGAGCGUUGUUUUGUUUCAUCAGUAGUAAAAUGUGGAACAAGUGUUUUUCACCACAAAAGUGCCAAAAGAAAGAUUUUAUUAGAAAGUAUUGGAAACCAUGGUGUGCUUGAAUAUAAGGCGAUAUCUACAAUAAAGGACUACAUUGUUUAAAAACUGUUUUAUGCUUUUGUUUGCCAUAAACUGGUCUUUAUUUAAUAUUUUUCAGAUGUUGUUUUUUCUCAUAACGGUACCUUAUAAAAAAUCACAUUUUAAGGCAGUGACUUUGAACUGAAAUUGUUGGCAAAAGUUUUGAAACAUUCAAAAGUUGUAGGAAUUCCAAAAUGUUGUUAUUUAUCUAUGUACUGGCAAAUCAGGUUCUCUGUAUUUUCUAUUUAGAAAGCAUGUUUUUAUUUUAGUGUAAUUUAAAAAAAUAGUAAAAAUGUAUUGCAGGUAGCAGUUAUGCUGAAAGCCACUCCUAAAAUGUUACCAAUAAAUCAGUUACCCUUUGAAAUAU